UGAAGCUUCUAAUUCUCUAUGCCUCUUGCUAAAAAUACUUUUCAACAGAGAGAAUCUGUGCAAACAACGAGAAGGCCGUAUGCUGAAUCCUACCUUUCAGUCUUGAAAUCUCUGUGAAAAAGUUGUUUUUGACAUGUCUAUCCCGAUGGAAUAUAAUUCAAUCUACAGAGGUUCACAAACUAUGGAUAAUCUGGAGAAACAGCUGAUAUGCCCAAUAUGUUUGGAAAUGUUUACGAAACCUGUUGUGAUCCUGCCUUGUCAGCACAACCUGUGUAGAAAAUGUGCAAAUGACAUUUUUCAGUCUCGUGGCACAGCUGGAGUUUCAGGAGGUCGGUUCCGGUGUCCAUCCUGUCGUCACGAGGUUAUUCUGGAUAGACAUGGAAUUUAUGGACUCCAGCGAAAUUUGUUGGUGGAAAAUAUUAUUGACAUUUAUAAACAAGAGUCUUCAAGGUCUACUGCAAAACCUGAGCAGCCAACAUGUGAAGAGCAUGAUGAGGAAAAGAUUAACAUUUAUUGCACUUCAUGUGAGGUUCCCACGUGCUCACUCUGCAAAGUAUUUGGUGCACACAAGGAUUGUGAAGUUGCCCCUCUUCUAAAUGUCUACAAACAACAAAAGCAUGAACUUAAUGAUGAAAUUGCAGCACUUGUUGCAGCCAAUGAUGCAACACAAACAUUUAUCGAUCAUCUGGAAGAAACAAGCAAACAUAUCGAGGACAACUGUAGAAGUCAAAAACAAAUCAUGCGUGAAAAGAUUGACUCCCUAAUUGCAAUCUUGGAAGAAAGAAAACAGCAAAUGAUGCAAAAAAUCACAAGUGAACAAGAGGAAAAAAUGACCCACUGCAAAUCCUUGAUAAAAUCAUAUGCUGAACGUAUACAGUCCAUGUCUAAGCUUGUAGAGACUGCUCUACAAUCCUUGGAAGAACCGCAAAUGGCAGUCUUUCUGCAGAAUGCAAAGAUAUUGACAGCUAAACUUUCAGAGGCAACAAGAGCAUCAGUGAUUGAAGAUUUGGAACAUAACUAUGAAAAUAUGAAUCACUACAAUGUAGAUGUUGAGAAGGAACAGAAUCUGCUCCAAGCAAUUAAUUUCCACAAAGUUGAAGAGCAAACUGAAGAAGGAGUUGAAGAUGAGGAAGGUGCAGCAGAGAAGAAUGAAGACACUGAAAUUGUGACUGGACAUUUAGAAACGCCUAGGACAGAACCUUCAGAUGUUAUCACCAAAGUCUUAACCAUGGAGAAAUCUAAUGUUGAAUCUUUAGAUAAUGUGGCUAAAAUCCAUUUCACAACAGAAAUCACCACAGAAACUUUAGGAACUCCAGAUAUUUUUUCUUCAAAUCAGGAUCCCAACAUUGCAGGUUCUGUGGAUAAAGUUCACCAGGAGGAAAAGCCCGAUCCUGAAUCAUCAGGUGAAAUCUUUGAAGUUUUUGAAGUGGAAGAACCCAGUGCUGAGUGCUCAGGUCCUUUGUUUGAAGGUCAGGAAGAAGAAGGGUCCAUUACUGAGACUCCAUUUGUUGUGGUUGAGGUCGCUGAGAAGGGAGAGUCCAAUGCUGAGUCUGCAGGUAGUGGGUUCGAUGUCUCUGAGGAGAGCAAACCUGCUUCUGAGUGUCCAGGUGCCGUGGCUAAGGCCCCAGAGGAAGAACAGCCCAGCUCUCAAUCUCUAGGUGAUGUGGCUGAGGUCCCAGAGGAAGGAGGGUCCAGCUCUCAAUCUCCAGGUGCCAUGGCUGAGGUCCCAGAGGAAGGAGGGUCCAGCUCUCAAUCUCCAGGUGCUGUGGCUGAGGUCCCAGAAGAAGGAGGGUCCAGCUCUCAAUCUCCAGGUGCUGUGGCUGAGGUCCCAGAGGAAGGAGGGUCCAGCUCUCAAUCUCCAGGUGCCGUGGCUGAGGUCCCAGAGGAAGAACAGCCCAGCUCUCAAUCUCUAGGUGCCGUGGCUGAAGUCCCAGAGGAAGGAGGGUCCAGCUCUCAAUCUCUAGGUGCCGUGGCUGAGGUCCCAGAGGAAGGAGGGUCCAGCUCUCAAUCUCCAGGUGCCGUGGCUGAGGUCCCAGAGGAAGAACAGCCCAGCUCUCAAUCUCUAGGUGCCGUGGCUGAGGUCCCAGAGGAAGGAGAGUCCAGCUCUCAAUCUCUAGGUGAUGUGGCUGAAGUCCCAGAGGAAGGAGGGUCCAGCUCUCAAUCUCCAGGUGCCGUGGCUGACGUCCCAGAGGAAGAACAGCCCAGCUCUCAAUCUCUAGGUGCCGUGGCUGAGGUCCCAGAGGAAGGAGGGUCGAGCUCUCAAUCUCUAGGUGAUGUGGCUGAGGUCCCAGAGGAAGGAGGGUCCAGCUCUCAAUCUCCAGGUGCCGUGGCUAAGGUCCCAGAGGAAGAACAGCCCAGCUCUCAAUCUCUAGGUGCCGUGGCUGAGGUCCCAGAGGAAGGAGGGUCCAGCUCUCAAUCUCUAGGUGAUGUGGCUGAAGUCCCAGAGGAAGGAGGGUCCAGCUCUAAAUUUCCAGGUGCCGUGGCUGAGGUCCCAGAGGAAGGAGGGUCGAGCUCUCAAUCUCCACGUGCUGUGGCUGAGGUCUCAGAGGAAGAACAGCCCAGACACCAAUCUCCAGGUGCUGUAACUCAGGUCCCAGAGGAAGGAAGGUCCAGCUCUGAGUUUCCAGGUGCUGUGGCUGAGUCCCCAGAGGAAGGAGGAUCCAGCUCCGAGUGUUCAGGUGCUGAGGCUAAGGUCCCUGAAGAGGAAGAGGAAACCAUCCCUGAGUCUUUGGAUGCUGUGGUCAAAGUCCAUAAAGAGGAAGAGCUCAGCUCUGAAUCUCCAGAUACUGUGGCUGAAGUCUCUAAAGUGAAAGAGACCAGCUCUGAGUUUCCAGGUGCUGUAGCUAAGGUCCAAGAGGGCAAAGAGUCCAGCUCUGAAUGUCGAAGUAGUGUAGCUGAAGUUUCAAAAGAGAAAGAGACCAGCUCUGAAUCUCCAGGUACUGUGGAUGAUGUUUCUAAAAACAAAGAGCCCAACUCUGACUCAUUGGGUGCUACAGAUGAAGUCCCUGAGGAAAAAGAGUCCAGCUCUGAGUGUUCAGGUGCUGAGGCUAUGGUCCCUGAAGAGGAAGAGGAAAUCAUCCCUGAGACUUCAGAUGCUAUGGGUGAAGUCUCUAAAGAGGAAGAACUCAGUUCUGAAUCUUCAGGUGCUGUGGGUGAGGUCCCAGAGGAAAAAGUGACCAUCAGUGAAACUCCAGGCACUGUGGCUGAUGUCCAUAAAGUGAAUGAGGAUCCCUGCCCAGUGUCUUCAGGUGCUGCAGAUGGGAUCUCAAAGGAAAAAGAGUUGAACCCUGAAUCUUCAGAUGCUACGGCUGAUGUCUCUGAGGAGUCUAGUGCAUAUACAAUUACAAUGGCUGAAAUUUCAGAAAAGGAGACCAAUUUUGAGUCUUCAGGUGUUGUGGCUGAUGUCUAUACAAAGUCCUCAGAUGCAGCGGAUGAUGUUCCUCCUGAGGAAGUUUUGAAUUCUGCAUCUCAUUUUGUAAAGGAUGAAGGCCUUUCAACAGAGGAGUCAAAUAUUGUGACUUCAGAUCUUGUAAAUGCAAUUCCUGAAACAAAAGAAUCCAAUGAGACAUUCCUAGAUGUUCCAAAUGCAGCCUCUAACAUGGAAGAAAAUCAUAUGUUGACUACAGACACUGGGGAACCAGCAAAAAAAAUCCUUACUCCUACAACUAUACUUCUUCCAGACAAAGUCUCUGUCAUAGAAGAAUCUAUGGUUGAACCUCCAGGUAGUACAAUUGCCAUAUCUACAAAGCAAGAGCUCAAUGAUCCACUUUCAGAUACUGUCAAUGCCAUGGAUUCCAUUACGGCAUCUCCAAUUGUUGUACAUAGUGUAUGCCCAAUAGGCGAAUCAGAAGUGGCAUCUUCAUGUAUAUUGGAUGGAAUUCCUCCAGGUGGAGAACCAAUUAUUCCACUGAUAGAUGUUGAAGCCUGUAAAUUAGGACAAGAAAAAACUGAAGUUGAGGAAUUUGAAGCAAUUGUACAGCAGGAUGCUAUAUUAAGUGGAAGUUUUAAUGCUGAUGAUUUAAAAAUGACACAAUUGUUGGAAGUGGUUGAUGAAGAAAUCAAACUGUACCCAGGGGGGCAAAAAUGUGAUUCAUGGCAUGUAAUUAAUUCCUCUGGGCCUGCUCCAAAUGCCGUCCAGCAUGUCACCUGUCAAGAUCAGAUUGGGCCAACAUCAACAACAAAGAAAGAACUGGAGUCAGAGCACAACUCUGUUGGAACUGCUGAAGGCUCACCAGGUGUCAUGAAAAAGUCUGACAGUGAAAAUGAAGUGUCAUCACCUGUCAUACAGAUGGAAAGCCCAGGGUCUGCUAUAGAAGCCACUGUACAACAGACGACAAGUCGUGAACCAAGCAUAACUGACUCUCCUCGCCAUAUCUUUUCAUUUUCUUGGUUGAAUGCUCUCACCAAGUAGAGAAGCAGAAGGAUUUUCCAAUUGUUGCUUUGCAAGGAAGCAGUUUUAACCAGUGACUGUCAUUCAAUGUUUGUUUGAUGCUUGAAGUGACAAGUGGCAUUAUUAUUUCAGACUAUGCACAAGAGGACAGCUUAUUAAAACAGAGGUGGUCGAUGUUUUGUUUAGUUUAUUCCAACAAUAGAGAAUGGCUAUUUACAUGUAACUGUUUUAUAAAGCUCAAGCUUUCUAUGUAACUUUGCCAAUGUUUUCUUGUUAUAAACAACAUUUUAAAAAGCAAACUACAUCACACAUAUAUUAAAUGCCAUACUUCUGCAUUUUUUUGUAAUAAAACAGCUGGUAGUUAUACCUGAGGGUGCUGUGUGUCUAUUGACAUGAAAUAUUAUAGAGGCUCUGUACUUAGGUAAAGAACUAUUGAGAACGUCAGUCCAUGUUAUUCAGGAACAAUGAUUUAACUUUCUGUUGCAACUAGGUGAGAAGGGAUGAAUCAGCUCCCCUCCUUGGUUGGCUGUAACACAGAUUUAUGUUUGAAGCAUGGGAAUAAAUCUGUCUCUAAUAAAAAGGUAAUUACUCAACAUCUAUUGUAGCAGUAAGGCAUCAAUUAUAAGGUUUUCUUGAGUGAAAUUAAAGAUAAUUUCAA